AUGGCCGUGCCGGCGCCGGCCAAGGCGGCGCGCGCGCUCGCAGCCACGGCGGCGGCGCUCGUGCUGCUGUGGUGCGUCCACUUCCGCGGCGGCCUCGCCCUCAGCUCCCCCACCAACAAGGGGCUCAUCUUUAACGUUCAUCCUGUCCUUAUGCUGAUCGGAUUCAUCAUCAUUGGGAGUGAAGCCAUAAUGAGCUACAAAACAUUGCCAUGGAGCCAUGACACAAAUAAGACGGUCCAUUUGAUUCUUCAUGCCGUUGCGCUUUUUCUGGGAUCGUUCGGGGUAUAUGCUGCCUUCAAGUUUCACAAUGAAAGUGGAAUCGCUAAUCUAUACAGCUUACACUCCUGGGUUGGACUUGGCACUAUCAUUUUGUAUGGUUUACAGUGGGUAUCUGGCUUUCUCACCUUCUUCUUUCCCGGCGCUUCGCCGACACUCCGACGUGCCGUGCUCCCAUGGCAUGUUCGUGCUGGGCUCGUGGUCUACGUGCUGGCGCUGCUCGCGGCCGAGCUGGGGUUCCUGGAGAAGCUCACUUUCCUUCAGGCCACGGGUCUGGGCAAAUACAGCUCAGAAGCCCUGCUGGUAAACUUCACUGCCCUUGUUGUCUUACUACUGGGCGCAUCUGUCGUGCUGUAUGUCACUGCUCCUGCGCAGAGUGAGCACAGGCUUGGGUAUUCAUCGGUGCGCAAGUCCUGA